AUGCCACUUGAAUUUGUUUUAAGCCAGAAGGGCAACCAACAGUUGAUCAAUAAAGAUUUUGUGUAUACCACCGUCAAAAUCAGAGAAGACAAACACAUUUGGAAAUGUGUUCAUUAUAAUAGACACAAGUGUCUGGGGCGAGUAUGGACAGCUGAAGACAUUGUCAUUUAUGAAAAUGACAAGCAUAACCAUGUCCCAGAUGUGGCUGAAAUCCGAGUCAAGGAAGUAAUGGCCUCAAUUAAACAAAAAGCUGAAACGGUGAUGGAUACACCACAGCAAAAUUUAGCCUCUGUUACGUCGAGUAUCCCAGCGGCAGUAGCAGGAAUUCUCCCACCAGUCGCCGGGAUAAAACGAAAUAUCCUUAAAGCAAGACAAAAGGCAGCGGGAGCUAUGUAA